AAAUUUUGAUACAGAAGAGAUGGUGCAUGUGAUGCUUUAUCCCAGGAUAACCUCAUAGCAGCAACACAUGCUCUCAUGACCGUAAACUCAACUGCAGUCCCCUUUCCACAGGGCUUCUCCAGGUUUGCAGCUUGGGCAGUAUGUGACAGCACUUAUUUUCAGCAUUUUACACCAGCUCUACCUUCUUUAUAUUGCCCUAACGUGGCGAAGGGACUCUAAAUCGAUACUGUUGGUUUUUCAAACUCUUACACUACAAGCUGGUGUAAUCUAAAAAAUUUGGCAUCAUUCUAGUAAGACACUCUAGCCAGAAAAAAGACAAAGGUCAAAGUAAGAACUGCUUAAGUCUAAAUAGGAUACCAGACUUAAUAGGAUUUGCCACAUCUGAGCAACCAAUGGUCCCUCUUUUCUACCACAUUGUAUUCUACCAGUGUCCACUACUAAGUUAUUCAGAUGAAGUCUAGAGAGAGAAUCUUGUGCCAGCAAGUAAGAUAGCUAUGAACUAAGUUCAGAGGGUUGACUGUAUUGUCACCUUAUGCUCCUCCUCUUCUGGAGGGAAUAAGGUGGUCCUUAAGGAUGAUCCCUUUGUUUUACUCAAUCUCAUUUUUUUCUGUAUGAUAGGUUUCCCAUCUGUUUCUGUCUGUCCAAUUGCUGACACUAACUUGGUGUCUGGAGGGCUUUCUAGUUCUAUCUGAACAUAAAUCUGUGUUCUGUAUAGGCCACCCAAAGAUGUCAGCAUUCAGAGUACUAGUUUCUUGCCCAGAGAAUGCCUAUCUGCUGCAUUAUAUAGCAAGAAUCUGACAUAAUGUAGUCACACAAUACAGUCCCUCAUUUUGCCGACUUUCUUUGAGGUGUCAAUAUUUCAAUGGAAACCCUGCUUUUCACUGAAUAUUGAUAAAUGCCACAGUGGAACAGUGAUUUUGGUGGGAGUUGGGAAAAUUGCAAGGUUUAUUUUAAAUUACAUAGAAGCCUGGCUGUAUUUUCUCCAGACACUACACAGUUUGCACUUUUUUCAUUAGACUGUUUUUGAUAAUAGGGUCCUUAAAGCACAUGGAUUCUGGGUAUAAAUCUGUCUCAUCUGGGUUUCAUAAAAUUGAGGUUCCAAGUAAAGACAAUGUUAACCGCUAUCGUAAUACUCAAACAAAUAAAAAGCAAAUAAGGUCAUUUUAAAAAAAGUUGGUGGAGGGAAAGGAAUGAGAGAGAGAGAGAGCAGGGAUCAACUGUGAUUGUUCUUUUCCAAGGGUGUAGAUGACAACUUAUACUCUUUGCAGGCAGAUAAAAAUAUUUUAGGUACUUUUUAAAAAAUUAUGAAAUAUGUACUUGGAUCAAUUUCAGGGUAUUUCCAUGCUCUGGAACCCUCCUCAGUAAAGGCAUGUUUGUUUUACCAACCUCAGAGGCAAAGGUGGUUCACUGAAAGACAGUUGGUGUAUGACUGCAGACACCUGUCAAAAUGAGGUCUCAGCCUCUAAUAUAGCUUGGGCCUAUAACAUUAAAAGUUUGAAAAAACAACAGUAUCAGUUGAUAGUCCAUCCCUCAAUUCAGGGCAAUGUAAAGAAGGCAGGACUGGUGUAAAAUACUGAAAAUAAAUGUGUACUCUUGUAUACUGAAUGAACUGGAAGCUCUGGAGAAGCCCUAUGGACAGUGAAUUGCAAUAGAGUUUAUGGUCAUGAGAACAUAUGUUGCUGCUACAGGGCUACCCUGGGAUAAAGAAAGAUGUAGUCUGUGCAAAUUGUGCAACUGUACAUUUGUUCUGUGUAUAAUAUGGCAACUGUUGAGGUAAACUGAAUGCCCCUUUAAAGGAUUCAAACAUUCCCCUUUUAAAACACACUUUUUCCUUAGCUCAGUGAGAGCACCCAGUACUCAAGUAUUUUUCAUUAAGUAUGUAGGUUGAUUUAUAAAAUACACUCCUUAUGUGCUGCUUAAGUAUUUUUGCAACACACAAGAAUUUGAUGUUAAACAAGGUUCAGUAAAAUGGAUGUAACUAAACAAAUAGCAAGUAAUCUUAAUGACUAAAAGUAUAAGACAGUUGUGGAUGAAAACAAGAGACAUGUCAAAACUGAAGGGAAAUCAAUUGCAAUGUAACUAAUUGCAAUAGGUCGGGCCUAAAAAAUCCAAAACCAAAACAAAAAACCUCUUGCUCUCAAAUGUAAUGACUGUUGUAGGAAGAAGUCAGCUAGUGGUGAUAUGAAUCAGUAAAUGCUGCUGUUAGUGAUGUGACAUUCCAUAUUCUUGAGAUCAGAGCUAGUUUACUGUUAGAAAACUGAUUUCAGAAGUAUAUGAGAAGCUCGUUAAGGUGGGACAACAGUGGGGAUUUCACUCUCCGAAGCCAAUCAUCCAAGUACAGUAGAAGUGUAUUUCUUGGAUGUGGUGCUACUACUAUCAGAUAUCUUGUGAAAACUCUUAGGUUGUAGACAAGUUAGCUGUCCCAGACAAGCAGCAGUGGUAGUGCACACCUUUUUUUUUUUUUUUAAAUAGGGAAGUAAUGUGGCUAGAAAUCUUUUUUCCUCUAAAUUCUUGAGUUGGUAAUUCUAUUGCUUCCUAGCUGAAAUAAGGAAUCCACUUUCAUCCCUCAUUUUUUUUUCCCCAUGUGAGAUUGGUUCUUGCAGAGGGAUGGGGAAGGGGACUAAAAAGGGGGCAAAGACUAGAAUGGAAUGUUAUAGUUAUUCAUGCAUAAGAUUACCUACAUUUAAGACUAUUUUAUGCAGUAAUUGUUUGGCAGAGAAUAAGCCCUUUCUUCAGCAUACAGCUCUUUAAAAGAGUUCUACAAGAGGCAGUGUCCAAGCAGCAAUAGAGUUGUCAUGUUUAGAGCUAUCCUAAUUUGAGUUCUCAUUAAUACUGGAUUAAAUAUUAAGUAUUAAAAAUGGUCCAUUCUUGGGCCCCUCCAUGUCAUUUUUCAAAGUGGGAUUUUCACCAUCUCCAUGACAACUAGAGCUGGCUGACAUCUUUGCUCUAAGGCUGAGCUCCAGAGUUCUCUGCCUCACUGCACACACUCAAGAUUAUUGCAGGAGCUUCUGCAGGAUUCUUAAAAUAUCAACUGUGUUCUUCAUUGGCUCUGAGGUUUUUCCUCAAAACAACUAAACUUAAAAAAAUUAGGUUGGCUUUCUGAGGAGGGUUUGGAGAACAGCACCUUGCCUCCCCAUCCUCUCCAGAAAUGGCAGACAGCUGGCCACAGGAAUUCAGCUCCCAGCUAGGACGUGGGCAAGGUCCAUAUCGAGACAGUUGAGCAGACUGCAUGGAAACUUCUUUCGCGGACACCAGGCCAGAAUCAGCGUCAUUAAACUGGGGGAGCCCAGGGAGGGAACACCUGGAGAGGAGGAGAAGAUCAAGUGGUUGCUAAUGUGAGAAGACAACAUGCCAUUUUGAAGUAUGACAGAAGUCCUGAUGCUGCAGCAGAGGCUAGGAAUAUUAAUGGCCACAUCUAGAGAUUACAUGGUCUUCUAAAGAAGCCAUGGGUAGCUGCUGUAGCUGUCCAGAUAAAGAGACUGUCCCAGACAACCAUCGAAACAAGUUUAAGGUCAUUAAUGUAGAUGAUGAUGGUAAUGAACUGGGUUCUGGCGUAAUGGAACUUACAGAUACAGAGCUAAUUUUAUACACCCGUAAACGGGAUUCUGUAAAAUGGCACUACCUCUGUCUCCGUCGCUACGGCUAUGAUUCAAAUCUCUUUUCUUUUGAAAGUGGUCGACGAUGUCAAACUGGACAAGGAAUCUUUGCCUUUAAGUGUGCUCGUGCAGAAGAACUAUUUAAUAUGCUACAAGAGAUCAUGCAGAACAAUAGCAUAAAUGUGGUAGAAGAACCAGUAGUAGAAAGGAAUCAUCAUCAAACUGAGUUGGAAGUUCCAAGAACCCCUCGAACACCCACCACUCCUGGGUUCAGUGCACAAAGUUUACCUAAUGGGUAUCCCAGAUAUCCAUCCUUUGGAGAUGCUUCAUCACAUCCUUCCAGCAGACAUCCCUCUGUAGGAAGUGCACGGCUUCCUUCAGUAGGUGAAGAGUCUACACAUCCAUUGCUUGUAGCAGAGGAACAAGUGCACACCUAUGUCAACACUACUGGUGUACAAGAGGAAAAAAAAAAUAGAUCCAGUGUGCAUGUACCGCUGGAAUUAAGGCUUUCUACUGUUGAAACAAGCAAGACAACAGAAGAUCAAAAUUGCACUGAUGACCGAGAUGCUCAGGUUCUUCUGGAGCCUGAAGGAGUCAAAUUUGUUUUAGGACCAACACCUGUUCAAAGACAAUUAAUGGAAAGAGAGCAACUGGAGCAACUUGGGAGAGACCAAGUUAGUGGCAGCAGUACCAACACCUCUGAAUGGGACACUGGGUACGACAGUGAUGAACGUAAAGAAACACCUUCUGGUAAUAAACUAGUGUAUGAAAAUCUAAAUAGGUUAUCAAUUCCUAGUGCCUCAGGAGUCAGGAGAGGUCGUCUGACAUCAACAAGUACCUCAGAUACCCAGAAUAUUAACAACUCUGCUCAAAGGAGAACUGCAUUGUUAAACUAUGAAAACUUGCCAUCUUUGCCUCCUGUUUGGGAAGCCCGCAAGCUAAGUAGAGAUGAAGAUGACAAUUUAGGACCAAAGACCCCAUCUCUGAAUGGCUACCACAAUAACCUAGAUCCAAUGCAUAAUUAUGUAAAUACAGAGAAUGUAACUGUGCCAGCAAGUGCUCAUAAAGUAGAAUUUACACGACGUCGGGACUGUACACCAACAGUCUUUAACUUUGAUAUUAGACGUCCAAGUUUAGAACACAGGCAGCUCAAUUAUAUACAGGUUGACUUGGAAGGUGGCAGUGACUCUGACAACCCUCAGACUCCAAAAACUCCUACCACUCCACUUCCACAAACUCCAACCAGGCGCACAGAGCUGUAUGCUGUGAUAGACAUUGAAAGAACUGCUGCUAUGUCAAGUUUGCAGAAAGCACUGCCACGAGAUGAUGGUACGUCUAGGAAAACUAGACAUAACAGUACUGACCUGCCUAUGUGAGCCCAGGAAACAUUAAAUCAUUUGCACCUUUUGUGAAGUUUAUAAAAUUGAAGAUGCAAAUUCUUCAUGUGCAUUUUUUAACACUAAUGCCUUUUAUAGAGUAAUAGACUUUUUUGGAAUACUUCAUGUGCUUGUCUAACAAAAGGGAAAUAAUGUAGAGCAGGUACUCAUUAAAUGACACAAUUUUAUUCUACAGUAAUAGUAAUUGCUGUGUAGAAGCAUUGCCACUUUUCACAGUGCCUCUUUACUUAGUUAGAGUUGGAGUGACUGCCAGUUCUGAAGUUAUCAAUAUUCUGGCCAUGUGCCUAUAGUCAUUAAUGGCAUUUGUAACAUUUUAUAAAGCCUCUUGAUGUGCAUUACUAGCUGAUAACCCUAAUCUUGCAAGGUUGAUAUUUGUACCUUCACUCUCUUCAUUCAUGUGGCCUCCUCCAAUAUGAGAAGUGAGAGUAAUUCAUUAUUCAAUCAGUUUGACUUACAUGAAAUAGUUUGGCUCAUGUAUAAACACCACGCUUCCUCGUAUGUAUGUCAGUUCAUUUUUUGAAGUCAUUUGGACAAGCUUCAGAUUCUUGAAGGUUUUUUUUAAUUUCUGUAACAUUGAGGGGUUACAUCAAGUUCACUUGGUCAGAGCUGGAGUUGGGUCUGAAAUAAGCCAUAAGUCAUUUCCCCUAGAAAAGGUUUCCAAGUGAUAGUACCAGAACAGUUUUACAGAAUUUUAAUCUGAGUUUUCUGAAGGAAUACACAGGUUGGUUGGAUCUGUGAUUUUAAGGUGUUCUUUAAUUUCAUAGUUCUGCUUACCUUUCCAUCUUCACGUGUGCGAUGUCUUCUUUGAUCUAUUCUGUAAUGUCUGUAGGUUAAGAACAGUCAAGUUUUUGUGCAUAAUUUUAAUUAUUGUUUAGGAUUUGUAUGUGUGUUGCUCCUAUUCAGUCUGCACAUUGUCAAAGAAAAAUCUCUUGAAGAUCCGGUGGGAACUUUUUUACUUAAUAAGGUUGCCUUUGUCCAGUGUUUUAUUGUUUUACUUUUUAUGUCUGACAGAAACAUCCCAAAAGUGUUAGUGUCCAGCAGCAUACAGCAUUGCACAAGUGGAAAGGUAUAUUAUGCAUUUUUGUCUUCCUCUGAAGCAUCAAAUAUAGGUCACCAUGGGAGGCAAGGUAUUUCAUUUGGUAGUUCAGUGUGACAAACCCUAAAUUUACAGUGUGGAUCUGUAGUUGAUGCACUUGGAUUUAGAGAGAAUUAGUUACUUACAAUAUGUAGAGAAUUUUUUGAAGGUAAUAUCUAUGGGCAUACAUAUUUUCCCUUUUGCAGCUAGUUAACUCAGUUACUCUAAUGGCUUAACUGCUGAUUGAUGUUAUGGUACAUCCAGGUAGAAUGCAUCUGCUGAACAUGCCAGGUAUGCCCUUGACAGUCCCUUGUUCUAUACUGAAUAUUAAUAGAAUUGAGAGCAGUACAGCAGGUGCAGUGCAGGACCAGAAAGAAAACAGAUUAAGGCUUGAGCCUGUGGAACUGACCAUUAUGUGGACUGGUGUAAUGUACAAUAAUCCUUGAGCUGUGGGCGAGAAAAAUCACAUGCAAGAAACCCGGGGGGGAAGAGACUCAAAAAAUGCUUAGGGUCCUCAUGUAAUAUUUAAAUUGAGUUUUCAUUUAAAGCAUAACACUAUUUCCAGUCCUUUGAAUUGUGUGGAGGGUGUUCCUGUUUUCUUAUUAAAUUUUCCUUUUGUCUUCAGCCAGAUAAAUAGUAGGAAGAGUGAUAGCUGAAAUACAUUUUUCCUGUUCACACCAGUGAGAUAACGGCAGCCUCAUUUAUAUAGGUCAGGCUUUUUUAUCCUGAAGGAUUUCCAGUGUUUUUUACAAAUUUUAUAAUACCGAAAUGCAUCCAGGCGCACAAUCAAUACACUUCACAGGAGUAAGGGGACAGGCAUCUUAGUUGAGACAAUUGUAAGAAAACUUCACUGAAAACUUUUCCAUAAUCAUUUCACUAUUAGUCUGGGCACUUCUAUACAUUUUUUUUGUGCUUUAGGUGCUCGAAAAGGUGAGGGACUAAUAGCAUUCACUAGAAUCAGAUGUAGUGCAAAUGCAUGGUGCUAUAAGUGACCCUUGCUCCGCCCUGACAUUGCACCUCUGUCGUGAUUUGCAACACAUCAUGCAUAUACUAAUCCUGGGUCUGUCUUGAAGCGUUAUUACCAAUUGUUGCAAACUGUGUGGUGGAUGUGUGAAGGUGGGCUAGGAACUAGAAUCAGACCAACAAACUCUUGCUAAUUUGUAAACUAAGACAAGAUUUCAGCAUACAUUUCAAGCAGUUAAAAGGCUAGAACACUUAACUCACCAGCUAUCUUAUCUAGAGAUUUAUAUGGCCCUCAUCACCAUAAUAUCGGAGUGUCUCAGUCAUUAAUGUAUUUUAUCCUCAAACACCCUGUAGAGUAAGGAAGUACUGUCCCCAAUUUAUGGGUGUGGGAACUGAGGCCCAAGUAAGCUAUACAUGACUUGCUAAAGGUCACAUAGAAAGUCUGUGGUUGAGCCAGGAAUUCAACCCCGCUCUCCUGAGUUUUAGUCCAAUGCCCUGUCCACUAAAUCAUCCUUCCUAUCCAACACCUACCAUGGACCAUUCAGAAUAACGUUGUUGCCAACUCUUGCAAUUUUAUGAGUGUUGUAAUAUUUAGUGUUUUUCUUAAAGCCGUAGAUCCUGGAGUCAUGUGAAUACUGCAAAAAUCUCACUUUUUUUUCUCUUCUCUUCCCUUCCCUUCCUGCCCAGAUAAAGCUAAAUUUCUUGCCCUUGGAGAGAAAAGAUUGAAAAUGUGAUCCCUAAAGGAUCAAAAACCAAAAGACAUCUAAAAAGAAGCCAAAUCCAAUCUUGAUUUUUUUUUUCUGAUUCAUGAUUUUUGAAUGCUUGGUGUUGGCCAAUGCGCAACCCACUGAGCUAUCCCUCCCCUUGAUUAAGUAGGAAUGAGAUAGAAACUACUCAGUUCAUCUAUGGCAUUGUUUUUAUUUAAUUUUCCCGUUAAGUAGUUGCACUUUACCCUUAGAGACUUGGUUGUAUCUUAGUCUCUUUAGAGUUGUGAUGUUAGAUUCACUAUCUGCAGAUCUGGGAUUCAGUUUUUAGCAGAAAUUUCUCAAUUGUAUUUUUAAGCAUCUUUAUUUUGGACCCACAAGUGCACAAAGCAAGAUGCAACAAAUAUGUAACAGUUUAUUGGAAAAUAACUGGCCUAAUAUGUGAAGAUUACCUAACCAAUGCCCACAAAAGUGGCAAAAUUUCUUUUAAUUCUGUUAUUUAUCCACAGUGUGCAGCUGGCCCCUGCCUUUCAGGCGCAUGACAUAUUCCACGCUACUAAUCCUCCAAUGUGUAAAGCCUUUAAGCUAGAAAUUGCUCCACCCGAAGCCAUGACUAGUAAAAAGUGCAGUGUGUUCCUAUAUUAUACUACUUUUCAAGUAACUGCUCUAACCAAUUCUUAUUUGCAGUAUAUAAAAUAAUAUUAGGAGGCAGUGUCCAGGACUCCAUUGUUAAUGUUGCAUUGAAAAUGCAGUUAAAGUGGGAAUUUAAUCCAUUGAUUACACAAGGAAAAAUAAGUAUUUUCUUACCAAUUUGAUACUGCAUACUUAAGAGGUGCAGAAUUAUACUUUGUGAAAGUUUUUUUUUUCAGUGAUUCUAUCAAAUACAUUUGAAAAUGACCAAUUCUGAAAAUUUUGAUUGGCUUUAUAACGUUCUUUUGGUUUCUCCUCAGUGAAGUGUCCAAAUUAAAAAAAUUAAUAAAAUGUACUCAUGUCCUGAUAAUGUAUUGAGUAUAUGGCAGGUGUUGAAUAUAA